UCCAUCAUGAAAAUCUUCAUACUUCUUGCUAUUGUGGGGUUUGUUUUAGUCUCCAGCAAACCAUUUAGGGAAUCGAAAAGAGAGAAACGAGCAGUAUGUUCUACAACAACUUACGAUAAACCAGAAGGAAAUAUAGUAUCCCAUGGCGACUACGGACUUUACAACUACAUGACCAAUCAAGAUUGCACAUAUAUUAUCAAAGUUGAAUCUCCAAGCAAAUUAUUUCUAAACUUUCAUCAGGUGGCUUUAGAAGGAGAUAAUCCCUCAUGUCCUUAUGAUUAUGUGAAAAUUGUGUCAACAAACGAGAUAUUUUGUGGAGACGCAGCAAAGAAUUUUGAAUUCGACAAUAUAGACAGUGAUUUUACAAUCAAAUUUCAUUCUGAUAGCUCGGUCCAGUUUGGUGGAUUCAUUGCAUCUUACAGAAUAGAGCCACUGUUUCAAGCAGCACCAUUCAUUGCGAAUACUACAGCAAACAUUACUACGUCAUGGCCAAACUGGAACACCACUACCCCAUGGCCGAACUGGAACAACACCGGGAACAGCACAGGAAAUCACACUACAUCGUGGCCUAGUUGGAACACUACUACAUCAUGGCCGAACUGGAACAACACAGGUAACAGCACGGGAAAUACCACUGCAUCAUGGCCGAGUUGGAACACUACUACCCCAUGGCCGAACUGGAACAACACCGGGAACAGCACGGGAAAUACCACUGCAUCAUGGCCGAGUUGGAACACUACUACAUCAUGGCCGAACUGGAACAACACAGGCAACAGCACGGGAAAUACCACUACAUCAUUGCCGAGUUGGAACACUACUACAUCAUGGCCGAAUUGGAAUAACACAGGCAACAGCACGGGAAAUACCACUACAUCAUGGCCGAAUUGGAACACCACUACCUCAUGGCCAAGCUGGAACACUACCACGUCAUGGCCAAGUUGGAACACUACCACGUCAUGGCCCAACUGGAACAUCACCGGGAACGGUACUUUCCCCUUAAAGAAUUUUUCCACACUGAUUAACAUGUUAAAUGGUACCUAUGUAAACGUCUUGGUUCUCAAUUACCAAGGCUACAAUAACGUAGAUUUGUAAACUAAUGGAAGAUAUUAAAGUUAG